GGACGAGGAAUAUCGUAGUCCGCAGUUAGACCGAGUCCGUUCGCGCAUUCGCAUUAAUUUUCAUCCGCGGUUUCUGCCACCGAUUCCAAAUCCAACCGAUUCCCGUUGGCGCGGAGAGGCACUCUCCUCCCUUAUCAAAAAUCACUCUAUUUUUCGGGCCCCGAACGUUCUCAGUGAUUGACGCUCGGUCCCCGAAAAUGUUCACAGCCCUUACGGUCGUGCCGCGUACACUUCAAAAUUGAACCGAUUACGGAUUAUUCGAAGAGAAGAAAAAGAGGAAGAAGUGGAGGAGCAAUCACUUAUUAUACUAUCGCUUCUUCUGCUUGAUAUCAUUAGAAAUUAUCUCGUUUUUCAAAUCAUUUUCGUGAAGAAAACGAUUUUUCGCUUAUUUGCAAGACAUUUUUGGUCUUUAAGCGAAGGCGAACGGAGCAGUGUGUUCUCGCAGUGAAGUGAAACCUAAAAAAGCAGUCCCCGAAAAGAAAAUCUCGGAAAAGUCGGUGAAAACUGGAUAAUUGGAAAAAGUCAAAAAUCGGAGAACGCAGAGCGGAAGUUGGGUUUUUUUGGUGAGGACAGCUGAGGAAGUUCCGGACGUGGCUUCCUAAAAUUUGGAUAAAAUCGAGUGAGAAUUUAAAAAGUCGUUGUUGUGAGGGUUUCAAGGAUCUUGGUUAUUGUUACAAUGGAAACAUGAAGAUCGGUGAGGAUUUGAAGUCCGAUCGAGACUGUUCUACACCCAUCAGCCAUAAAUGACCGAUGUGGCGGAGCCAAUCAGGAAUUUUUCUUCACAAAAUGAUUCGCGCCUUUUUUCUACUGUUCAUAGUUGUUCCACCGCUCACACGAUGUUACGGGAUCCACGAACAUAUGACCAGGGAGGAGAUGCUGUCGGUGUUCCAGACGGGCCACGAAUCCGUACCAAUUUAUGAAGUGGUACCAGUAUUACAUUCGGUGCACAAGAGAAGUCCGGAUGCAAAACAGGAAGUGCACCUCAAGGCUUUCGGGAAAAACUUCAAUCUGUCCCUGAAGCCAACAGAGCGUCUGUGGUCAGGAGAACACUUGUCAAUGUGGACAGUCAAUAGAAAUAACUCUCAACCAGAUGGACUUCAUUAUGAGAAAGUGCCAGAAUCGAGUGCCGAUGUUGGUGACAUCUACCAGGACACGAAAAAUAUGGCAGCGAUUCUACUGCACCAGGACGAGAAUGGGAAAGUGCUCGUUAAUGGUGAUAUUGGAUCGGAAUUCGUGAUUCGUCCCCUUCCCGAGCGAGUGAUAAAUGAAGUUGUGGGCCAGACAGAAAGCCUUCACGAGCCGCACUUGUUUCCGAAUUUUACAAGAAUUAGGAGGAAUUUGAAACACACAGUUCAUCACGUCGUGUUCAGAAAAUCGGAACGUCCUAUGGACGAAGAAUUCAGUGACUUUGCAUACAUGGAGCCAGAUCAUUUAUCAAAAAGGUUCAGGGCGAAAAGAUCGAUCAGCGGUAGAUCGAAACGUGAAGCGCCAUACGUAAUUUAUCCUGAAAUUCUCUGCAUCGUAGACUACGAUGGAUACAGAUUGCACGGCGGCGACAACGUGCAAAUUAAGCGGUACUUUGUUUCAUUUUGGAAUGGAGUGGAUCUCAGGUACAAGCUACUAAAAGGCCCGAAGAUAAGAAUCAGCAUCGCGGGAAUUAUAAUUUCGCGGGGUAGAGACGCAACCCCAUAUUUGGAACGAAAUCGUGUUGGGCGUGAUGCCAUUGAUUCUGCAGCUGCUUUGACAGACAUGGGCAAAUAUCUUUUCCGCGAAAGGAGACUUCCGGUCUACGACAUUGCUGUCGCAGUUACAAAAUUAGAUAUGUGCAGGAGGACAUACGCGAAUGACGUGUGCAAUAGAGGAACUGCAGGUUUCGCGUAUGUGGGCGGAGCAUGCGUCGUUAAUAAGCGACUCGAAAAAGUCAAUUCUGUCGCCAUCAUUGAGGACACUGGAGGUUUCAGUGGCAUUAUAGUCGCUGCGCAUGAAGUCGGCCAUUUAUUAGGAGCUGUGCACGAUGGAUCGCCACCACCGAGCUAUCUCGGUGGACCUGGAGCAGAAAAGUGUCGCUGGGAAGAUGGUUACAUCAUGAGUGACCUCAGGCAUAGUGAAAAGGGAUUUAAGUGGUCCCAUUGCAGCGUAUCGUCGUUCCAUCACUUCUUAAACGGAGACACUGCCACGUGUCUUUACAAUGCACCCCACGAGGAUGAAGCACUACCGAGAGUCUUGCCAGGAAAAUUAUUAUCGCUGGAUGCACAAUGUCGAAAGGAUCGUGGAACGAGCGCUUGCUUUAAAGACGAUCGUGUUUGUGCUCAGCUAUUUUGCUUCGAUGCUGGCUCAGGCUAUUGUGUGGCUUAUAGGCCAGCAGCAGAAGGAUCCCCUUGCGGAGACGGCCAGUAUUGCUUAAACGGAAAGUGCGUAGCAGAGCACGAGAACAUCAUUCCAGAUUACACUCAAAACAUUCCGUCCUAUGUACGUCGAGAUAACGUUUAUAAUUCCGUCUCGCAAAAUCGGCCAUAUUACUCACAGUACGAAAAUACUACGGAAUACAGGUAUCCAGUGGAUUCAACAACUCGCAGCAGCUACCCUCAAUACAAAUACUCAACAUAUUACACAAGUAAUAGUCACUCAUCAUCUAGUGCAAGUCUUAGUCCCUAUAAACGAUUUUCACAACAAUAUACCACAUCCAUUUACAAAACAACACCCUCAACAACAAUUAGUUUGGCGACUUCUCGCGAUGUGCCAACAAGUGACUACAUAAGCAACAACAUUUAUGAUAGUCCUUCAUUCACUACGACUACUGCCAGAACUCAUGGUUAUCAAAAUUAUGUACAAAAUAAUUAUCGAUACACCUCAGGUUCGACUGGUUUCCCAGCAAGCAAUAGUAGUCCGAACGAUGCGACUUAUCCUAAAAUCAAUCCCUUCAAAUAUAAGAUUUCCAUCACCUCAACGUCACUUACGACAGGGACCAAUGGAAACCAGUUUGGCACAAGUAAAGGUCAUGAAACAGAGGCCGAUGAAUGUGUGGACAUAGCGUCGGAUUGCGCAGAGCUGAUCGACAGGCUGAGAACAUGGCUGUGCCAUCUGCAAUCAGUGAGAAGUCGCUGCUGCGCCUCCCUCAAGGGGAUUUGCAAUAGUUAAGAGAGAAAGAGAGAGAUAGAGAGAAGCUGAUGCUCGCCACGGCCGUGAAAGUGUGAAAAAGUCAACCUUGAAUAAAGCGCGGAUAGUGUCGUAUAAUAAUCGACCGGACUUAUUAUUUGUGGACUAGUGAAAAAAAAAGUUUUCUAACGAGGAGACCCCGAAGCAGUCGAAGGCCUCGAUCAUUCAUCCUUCUCCCCAAAUCUCCCUCCCCUGAACAAAUAGGAAGCGAUGCGAGCCAGGCUUCAUUCCUAAAUUAGGAAGAAAUCGAAUUCAGGCCUCUGAUCAAGAUCGGGAUUUGCUCUGAUAAAAAUCGGAAUUAUCUCUGAUAAAAAAUCGAAACUGAAGCUGUGUACACAAGUGCUGUUCUUUUCCCCCCAAUUUUUGAUUCCCUCUUGCCCUUAGGUAGGGAGAGUCGAUCAGAUUCUUUUUCGUUCUAGAAUCUACCAAGUACUUAAAUCGACUUUCAGCUGGAAACGCGAGUCGUCUUUCAUUUUCAUUGUUUCCUUGUCUUGUAUUUUUAUUUCUUUUCUUUUUUUUAUAAUUUAAUUGUUCUUAUUUAAAUACUCGAUUGACGACAUGGCACAGGAACGUGAGUUUUCGGCGCCGAUCAUGUGACAUCGACGACAAAUUGUUUUUCAAGCAGCGUAUUACCGGCGAAACUUUAAAAAAGAAAACUUUGUAGCGUUACAAUAAAUCGUAGUGAUUAAUGAUACGAAA